AUGGAGUGGGUAAGAGGUCAGUGCAUUGGCUCCGGCAGUUCUUCCAGGGUUCAUCUUGCAACCCUAAAACAACCUUGUUUUAAACAUCCUUUUCUGGCAGUGAAGACUUGCGUAGAAUCUGACACUGCUUUACUGGAGCACGAGAGGAACGUUCUCAAGGAACUUGGUUAUUGUCCACAAAUCAUCCAAUGUUUCGGCGACAGUCAUACCGUUGAAGAAACCAGCGAGCCUCUAUACAAUUUGCUGCUGGAGUACGCUCAAGGAGGCAGUUUAUCACACAAACUCAAGAAGUUUGGCUGCUUUCAAGAACUUGAUGUAAAAGAUUAUGCAAGAUCGAUUCUUAAGGGUCUGCGUCAUAUCCACGACAUGGGUUUUGUUCACUGUGAUUUGAAACUUGAAAACAUGUUGUUGUUUGAGAAUGAAGAAGUAAAAAUUGCAGAUUUUGGGUUGGCAAAGAAAGCAGGAAAGAAACAGGGGAGGGCGGAAAUUAGAGGGACUCCUCUAUAUAUGGCCCCUGAGUCUGUGAACAAUAAUGUGUAUGAAUCAGGGGUUGAUAUCUGGGCUUUUGGGUGUGCUGUUAUUGAGAUGCUGACAGGGAAACCAGCGUGGAAUUGCAAGCCAGGGACCAAUAUGUUUGUGUUGUUGAUUAGAAUUGGAGAAGGUGAUGAAUUGCCAACAAUACCUGAAGAAUUGUCCCAAGAAGGCAGAGAUUUUGUGUCGAAGUGUUUUGUUAAGGAUCCUACACAAAGAUGGACUGCUGAGAUGCUUUUGGAACAUCCUUUUGUUGCUGAUCAAGGGAAAGACACUGUUCCAUUGAGAAAAGAAGAAAGUGAAGAAUUAUCAACAUCACCAAGAUGCCAUUUCGAUUUCCCAGAUUGGGUUUCAAUUCAAUCACCAUCACCAAGAUCAGAGUUUUUGUCCGAUGAUAAAGUGGAAUUAGUCUUUCCUUCACUAAAUUCUUCUUGUUGGGUUUCAGCAGCAGAUAGAAUCCGGCAACUGGCUAGUGAUCAGUGUUGCGAUUGGUCGGAUUCUGGAUGUUGGGUCACUGUUAGAUGA